GAAUUCAACUUCUUCAAUUCCUUCCUUUUCUACUACUCCGAAAUAUUUUUACUCUACUGUAUGUGUCCUACUACCUACUGUUUUAUUUACAGAUCUUCUUUUUCUCGAUUUCAAGAAAACUUUGCAGAUUUAUGAAAUCAAUUAAUUAAAGUGCAUACUUUCGUCAGACCCUUUUGUUUUUUUACUCUUCAGAAUUGAAUUGAAUUGAAUUGAAUCACUAUUUCUUUUUUUUUUUUAAUAAAAAAAUGAAAACUCCAUAAAAGAUCAGAUAGAUCAGUUAAUGCCAGAUCUAAUUAAGCGUUUUCAUGAAUAACGAAGAAGAUGAUCAUCGAUUUGUUUACAAGGACGGGGUAGAUAUAGUCCUUUACUUAAUCAUCGCGAUUAAUAUAUAUAUUGAAGGGGGGUAUUAAUUUACUGGACAUAAUUAGUUAGGGUUUUGUACUUGUAAGCAUGUUAGCUGUAUAUAUUGCCUCCAACAGGGGGAAGAUAAGGAGAAGAUAAGAAUGUCAGGGUCGCUGGCCGGCUACAAUAACCCACUAGAGGAUUUGGAUCAGUCUCCGCCGCCGCCGGCGCAAGAUCUUCACCACGCCGGCGGAGGUUUCAGGCCUAAGCUGACGAUGAGCUCCGCUGGAGGAGGAGGCUGCAGGUACCGGGAAUGCCUGAAGAACCACGCCGCCAGCGUCGGCGGGAACGUCACCGACGGCUGCGGGGAGUUCAUGCCCAGCGGGGACGACGGCACUCUGGAGGCCCUGAAGUGCGCCGCCUGCAACUGCCACCGGAACUUCCACCGCAAGGAGCGCGGCGGAGGGGAAGCCGGCGUCAUGACUGUGCACCCCCUCCAGCUCCCGGCGCCGCCGCUCGCGCCGUCCAUGACAUCUCCGUCAUCCACCAACCACCACAGCUACCACCGGAGCGGGCCGUGGUCGGCCCCGCCUCCCCCCACCCUGACCGCGCCGCCGCCGGCUCGGACGGCGGGGUACGGGAGCGGGGCGGCGACGGACUCGUCGAGCGAGGAGAUGAACUUCAACGCAUACCAGUCGUCGGCGGCGUACGGGGCGGCGGCGGGGGGGAAGAAGCGGUUCCGGACGAAGUUUUCGCAGGGGCAGAAAGAGAAGAUGAUGGAGUUCGCGGAGAAGCUGGGGUGGAGAAUCCCGAGAGAAGACGACUCCCAGCUGCAGACAUUCUGUGCCGAGGUUGGGGUGAAGCGACAAGUUUUUAAGGUUUGGAUGCACAACAACAAGAAUUCCGCCGCCAAGAAGAACAACAACCCCAUUCACAUUAACAACAAUAACAAUCCUCAUCAUCAACACCACCACCAUCACGACGACGAGGAGGAGGAGGAGGAGGAGGAUCGCCGCAGCAGCCACCAGACGCUACCUGGUAUUGCCGGAAUUUAAUUUGCCGGCCACAUUAUUAUUAUUAUUAUUAUUCUUAAUUAAUUAUUUGCUUUCGUUGUUGUGUUGUUAAUUAAUGAUAGGUACGAAU